UUUCCCAGGCGGAUGGAGGAUCAAAAAUGUCGGUGAAAGGGGGUGGAAUGAAAAGGUUUUAUUUUAACACUGUCUUAUCCCUUGCUCGAUCUUUGGCAGCCCAACAACAGGCUCCAGAAGAAAAGGUAAAGAAACUACAAUGCAUGUGCCCGGUGGACUUUCGUGGCGUCUUUCAGCUGGACGAGCGGCGCAGAGACGCCGUGAUCGCCCUAGGCAUCUUCCUGGUCGAGUCUAAAUUACAGCACAAGAAAAUAAUCCUACCCUACCUACUGGCCCUGUUGAAAGGACUGCCUCGCGUACAAUGGAUCGAGGAAAACACCGAACGGAAAGCCAGGGAUGUUCUCCCAGUUCCAGAGAAUUUCUGCUUUUGCCUGGUCACUCUACUGUCGGAUGUGGCACAGAGAGACGAGAACUCGCGAAGCCAGAUCUUGGACGCUGUAAUGGACGUCAUGAACGUUCUGCUGGAGAUGUGCCAGGCGCCAGAAAGUCACGAUAAAGAGUACCUGUGCAGGUACACGGUUCCCUGCCUGCUGGGCGUGUCGCGGGCGUUCGGUCGCUACAGCAACACGGAGGAGUCCCUGCUCUCGCGGCUGUUCCCGCGCGGGGGGGCCCCGCCGGCGCGCGCGGCUGAGGAGGGGGAGGGGCCCCGCCGGCGCUCCUUCAACGAGUUCCGCUCCAUCCUGCCCAGCUCGCUGCUCACGGCCUGCCAGAGCGACGCACUGCGCAGCAAGAGCGGCAGCGCCUGCAACGUGUCCCUGCAGGCCAGUCCUGAGCGGGGAGGGUUCCCCCCUGGCUCUCCUGCUGAAUCGUCUGCACAGUACUUUGAAGGGUCCUACCUCCCCGACGGGAGCGCGGUGGAUCCGGAAUACUACUUCACCUCGGUCAGCUCCAGUUUCUCCGUGUCGCCCCUCUUCACGGGCAGCAGCGGGACGGAGUUCAGCCUGCCCCUGGAGACGCUGCGCGCCCUGCUGCACAUGGUGAAGCAGUUUGUCUCCGAAUCGUUUCUGAGAACUGUCGACGUCACCAUGGCUGAGCUUGAAGAGACCAAUCCCAACAUGGAUCUCUACUACAAAACCUUCAGCGACCCGCUGUACGUGGCCAUGUUUAAGAUGCUGAGGGACACCUUGUACUAUCUGAAAGACCUGCCGACGGCCUUCGUGAAGGAGGUGCACGACUUCGUCCUGGAGCAGUUCAGCAGCAGCCAGUCGGAGCUGCAGAAGAUCCUGCACGACGCGGAGCGAGUGCACGGCGACCUCAGUCCGCUGAAGCUCCGUUGCCACGCCAACGCCGCCUGCGUGGACCUGAUGGUGUGGGCCGUCACAGAGGAGCAGGGGGCGGAGAACCUCUGCACCAAACUCUCGGAGAAGCUUCAGUCGAAAACCUCCAGUAAGGUCAUCAUCGCUCACAUGCCCCUGCUGACCUGCUGUCUACAGGGCCUGGGCCGGCUGUGUGAGCGCUUCCCCGUGGUGGCACACCCUGUCACCAUGUCUCUCCGAGACUUCCUGGUGGUGCCGUCCCCCGUGCUGGUCAAGCUCUACAAGUACCAUAGCCAGUACAGCACAGGAGGCACCGGUGAGAUCAAGAUCAAUGUGACCAAUGAGCACUCGCAGUCCCUCAGCCUGCUGACCAAUCGGAAGGGCCAGCCCUCCAUGUACGAGCAGCUGCGGGACAUCUCCAUCGACAACAUCUGCAGGUGCCUGAAGGCGGGGCUCACGAUGGACAGUGUGAUCGUGGAGGCCUUCCUGGCCAGUCUGUCCAACCGCCUGUACAUCUCCCAGGAGAACGACAAGGAGGCCCAGCUGAUCCCGGACCACACCAUCCGCGCGCUGGGGCACAUCGCGGUGGCCCUGAGGGACACGCCGCGCGUCAUGGAGCCCAUCCUGCAGAUCCUGCAGCAGAAGUUCUGCCAGCCGCCGUCUCCGCUGGACGUGCUCAUCACCGACCAGCUGGGCUGCAUGGUCAUCACCGGCAACCAAUACAUUUACCAGGAAGUGUGGAACCUGUUCCAGCAGAUCAGUGUGAAGGCCAGCUCUGUGGUGUACUCUGCCAAGGACUACAAAGACCAUGGAUACAGGCACUGCUCCCUGGCUGUGAUAAACGCGUUGGCGAACAUCGCGGCUAACCUGCAGGGGGAGCAGCUGGUGGACGAGCUGCUGGUGAACCUGCUGGAGCUGUUCGUCCAGCUGGGCCUGGAGGGCAAGAGGGCCAGCGAGAGGGCCAGCGACAAGGGCCCCGCCCUGAAGUCCUCGAGCAGCGCCGGUAAUCUGGGAGUCCUCAUUCCCGUUAUCGCCGUGCUGACCCGGCGCCUGCCGCCAAUCAAGGAGGCCAAGCCGCGGCUGCAGAAGCUUUUCCGCGAUUUCUGGCUCUACUCCGUCGUCAUGGGUUUCGCCGUGGAGGGAUCAGGCUUGUGGCCAGAGGAGUGGUAUGAGGGGGUGUGUGAAAUCGCCACCAAGUCGCCCCUGCUCACCUUCCCCAGCGGAGAGCCUCUGCGCUCUGAGCUGCAGUACAACUCCGCCCUGAAGAACGACACCGUCACCCCGGCCGAACUGAACGAGCUGCGCGGCACCAUCGUCAACCUGCUGGACCCCCCUCCCGAGGUGGUGGCGCUGGUCAACAAGCUGGACUUCGCCAUGUCCACCUACCUGCUCUCCGUCUACCGGCUGGAGUACAUGAGGGUCCUGAGGUCGUUGGAUGCUGACAGUUUCCAGGUCAUGUUUCGCUAUUUCGAGGACAAAGCCAUACAGAAGGACAAAUCAGGCAUGAUGCAGUGUGUGAUCGCUGUCGGCGACAAGGUCUUCGAUGUCUUCCUCAGGAUGAUGGCCGAUAAGCCUAAAACCAAAGAGCAUGAGGAGGAGCUGGAGAACCAUGCCCAGUUCUUAUUGGUCAACUUCAACCACACGCACAAGAGGAUUCGCCGGGUGGCUGACAAAUACUUAUCUGGAUUGGCUGAAAUGUUCCCUCAUCUGCUGUGGAGUGGCCGUGUGCUGAAGACCAUGCUGGACAUUCUGCAGACUCUGUCAGUCUCACUCAGCGCUGACAUCCACAAGGAUCAGCCAUACUAUGACAUUCCAGACACCCCCCACAGGAUCACAGUCCCGGACACAUACGAGGCCAGAGAGAGCAUAGUGAAAGACUUCGCCGCUCGCUGUGGGGAGAUCCUGAAGGAGGCGAUGAAGUGGGCGCCUUCGGUCACGAAGUCUCACCUACAGGAGUACCUGAAUAAGCACCAGAACUGGGUCUCGGGGCUGUCCCAGCACACGGGCCUGGCCAUGGCCACUGAGAGCAUCCUGCACUUCGCCGGGUACAACCGUCAGAGCACCUCCCUGGGGGCCACGCAGUUAACGGAGAGACCAGCUUGUGUGAAGAAGGAUUAUUCCAACUUCAUGGCCUCCCUGAACCUCAGGAAUCGCUACGCUGGGGAGGUGGCAGGUAUGAUUAAUGUGGCAGAAGCCACUCGCAGCACCACUGACCUCAACCGGCUGAUGAUUGGACAGAUGAAAGAUGCGCUGGACAGCGGCCGACCAGAGGCCUUCACCCAGGCCAUGUUCAAGAUGGCCGCCCUGCUCAUCAGCUCCAAAGAAACGGAUCCUCAGCUCCUGCACCAGCUGUGCUGGUCGCCGCUGAAGAUGUUCACGGAGCACGGCAUGGAGACAGCCAUCGCCUGCUGGGAGUGGCUGCUCGCCGCCCGCGACGGCGUGGAGGUCACUUUCAUGCGGGAGAUGGCCGGGGCGUGGCAGAUGACCGUGGAGCUGAAGAUGGGUCUUUUUUCGGAGGCUGUGGUGGAGGCCGACCCCCUGGCGGCCUCAGAGGAGAGCCAGCCCAUACCCUGCCCCCCCGAGGUCACGCCCCAUUACAUCUGGAUUGAGUUCCUCGUGCAGCGGUUCGAGAUCGCGAAGUACUCCAGCGCCGACCAGGUGGAGAUCUUCACCGGCCUCCUGCAGCGCUCCCUCUGUCUGAGCGUGGGCGACCCCAAGAGCACCCUGAACCGCCACGUGGCGGCCAUCGGACCCCGCUUCAGGCUGCUGACUCUGGGUCUGGCUCUCCUCCACUCGGAUGUGGUGACCAACUCCACCAUCCGAAACGUCCUGCGGGAGAAGAUCUAUUCCUCGGCCUUCGACUACUUCAGCGUGUCCUCCAAGUUCCCCACGCAGGGAGACAAGCGUCUGCGGGAGGACAUCAGCGUCAUGACGCGCUUCUACGCUAGCAUCCUCUCCGACAAAAAGUACCUGACCGCCGGUCAGCUGGUCCCCGUCGCCGGUGAGCCUGGCGCCAACCCGCCUCAAACCUCCCUUUCCGCCGGGAUUUUCGGAUCGCUUGUCGUUUCCAGCACCUCUCCGAUAUCCAUCUUAAAUAACCAGGACCCGACCAUGAGCAGCCUAUCAGUGGUGAGCGCCACGGACCCCAGGAACAACAUGGACGUCACGGUGGGGUCCCGGCAACAGAGCGCCCAGGGCUGGAUCAACACCUACCCGCUGUCCAGCGGAGUCAGCACCAUCUCCAAGAAAUCAGGGCUCUCCAAGAAGAGUAACCGUGGCACCCAGCUUCACAAGUACUACAUGAAGCGCAGGACCCUCCUGCUGGCCUUACUGGCCAGUGAGAUCGAGCGCCUGACGACCUGGUACAACCCGCUGUCGGCCCAGGAGCUGGCCAUCCCCACCGAGCAGUCUGUGGAGACCAGCAUCGCCAACUGGAGGUCCAAGUACAUCAGCCUGAGCGACAAGCAGUGGAAGGACAACGUCAACCUGGCCUGGAGCAUCUCCGCCUACCUGGCUCUGCAGCUACCUGCACGGUUCAAGAACUCGGAGGCCAUCGUGACCGAGGUGACGCGGCUGGUGCGUCUGGAGCCUGGGGCGGUCUGCGACGUGCCGGAGGCCGUCAAGUUCCUGGUGACCUGGCACACCAUCGACGCCGACUCGCCAGAGCUGAGCCACAUCCUGUGCUGGGCCCCCGCCGACCCCCCCACGGGCCUGUCCUACUUCUCCAGCAUGUACCCCCCCCACCCGCUCACCGCCCAGUACGGGGUCAAAGUGCUGCGCUCCUUUCCCCCGGACGCCAUUUUGUUCUACAUUCCUCAGAUUGUUCAGGCGCUUCGGUAUGACAAGAUGGGGUACGUGCGCGAGUACAUUCUCUGGGCAGCGCAGAAAUCGCAGCUGCUGGCCCACCAGUUCAUCUGGAACAUGAAGACCAACAUCUUCCUGGAUGAGGAGGGCCACCAGAAAGACCCGGACAUCGGGGAGCUCCUGGAGCAGAUGGUGGUGGAGAUCACCGGCUCUCUCUCCGGCCCCGCCAAGGACUUCUACCAGCGCGAGUUCGACUUCUUCAACAAGAUCACCAACGUCUCCGCCAUCAUCAAGCCGACGCCGAAAGGAGACGAGAGGAAGAGGGCGUGCCUGAAAGCUCUGUCUGACAUCCGAGUGCAGCCGGGCUGUUAUUUACCCAGCAACCCUGAGGCCAUUGUGCUGGACAUCGACUACAAGUCCGGCACUCCCAUGCAGAGCGCUGCAAAAGCCCCCUACCUGGCCAAGUUUAGAGUCAAGCGCUGUGGAGUCAGCGAGCUGGAGAAAGAAGGGCUGAGCUGCCAGUCCGACUCCCAGGAGGAAGGGGAGGAGCCCAGUGAGGGGGCGGGGAAGGUCUGCUGGCAGGCGGCCAUCUUUAAAGUGGGCGAUGACUGCCGUCAGGACAUGCUGGCCCUGCAGAUCAUCGGCCUGUUUAAGAACAUCUUCCAGCUGGUGGGGCUGGACCUGUUCGUCUUCCCCUACAGGGUGGUGGCUACAGCACCCGGGUGCGGCGUCAUCGAGUGCAUUCCGGACUGCAAGUCCCGGGACCAGCUGGGCAGACAGACGGAUUUCGGGAUGUACGACUACUUCCGUAAUCAGUACGGGGACGAGUCCACACUGGCGUUCCAGAAGGCGCGGUAUAACUUCAUCCGCAGCAUGGCGGCCUACAGCCUGCUGCUGUUCCUGCUGCAGAUUAAGGAUCGGCACAACGGCAACAUCAUGCUGGACAGCAAGGGCCACCUGAUCCACAUCGAUUUUGGGUUCAUGUUUGAGAGCUCUCCGGGGGGUAAUCUGGGCUGGGAACCCGACAUCAAGCUGACGGACGAGAUGGUGAUGAUCAUGGGCGGGAAGAUGGAGGCCACGCCCUUCAAGUGGUUCAUGGAGAUGUGUGUGAGAGGUUACCUGGCCGUCAGGCCCUACAUGGAUGCAGUGGUUUCCCUGGUAACGCUGAUGCUGGACACCGGGUUGCCGUGCUUCAGAGGACAGACCAUAAAGCUGCUGAAGCAGAGGUUUAACCCCAAUGUGAGCGAGAAGGAGGCCGCAGCUUUCAUCAUCAAAAUCAUACAGAGCUGCUUCCUCAGCAGCAGGAGUAAGACCUAUGACAUGCUGCAGUACUACCAGAACCAGAUUCCAUACUAGGACCAGGUUACCAACACGUUCCCAUCCCUCUGGUGUUUUCCCCAAAUGCAAAUCACUUUAUAUACUCUGAUAAAUCUGCACUUUAAAGAUUUAAUAUUUCACAGACCUCUGUUAGCCCUAGGUCAGGCGCUCAUUUAUCCGAGGGCUAAGAAUUCUGGGAAAUUUCCCCAAACAACCCUUUAUCCUUAAGCCGCGUACUGUAUGUGUCUGUGGUAAUUGUGGUUUAAGAGGCGUUGUUCCAUUUUUCUUUCUUUUUUAACUUAUUCUUCUUGCAAUGUCUUUUUUUUGUUCUUUUUUUUUUAUUUUAAAGUCUCUGUGUGUAUUUCUGGAAUGCAGGUGUCUGUAUAGCGAGAUGUUUUAUCCUUAACUUGAAAACUUCAGGAUUGGGUUUAGUCUGUGUCACCCAAGAAGCCAUUUCUGUGACCCCUGUGUCAGUGUGUGUGCAGGACCCACUCUUAUGCAAAGCGUUGCUCUACAAACGCCGUUUAUCUUCCUGAUUAAAUGUACGUUUUUUCCUCGACUACCUGCUAAGAUGUGUUCUGUGUUAGGCUUCGUGGGGUCUCUGCAUGUAGAUCACUGUAGCGUGACCUCUGAUUUAAUUUAAGAUUCGCAUUUCUAUUUUUGACAUGUGGUUAUAGAGUACAUGUUAUCGUAAUAAAUCUAGUAGAUUCUUAUGAAUGAAAGGUUUUAAAAAUAUACAGCAAUUUCAUGUAGUGUAUCUAGGAUAGGAUACUGUGGACAAGAGAGAGAACAAUCCAAAGUUAUUAUUUGCUGCAAAUCGUUUGAAUCCCUUUAAGUAAUCUUCCAUUUUUGGUUCUAUUUUUUUUUUGACGAUUCCUUAAUUUAAUUGUUGAUGGUGUUAAUUUUGAUUUGAUUGUCGAUGGUUUUCCUCCAUUGUGCGUGUGUGUUUGUGUGUGUUUCUGAUAGCUGUAAAUGCCGAAAAUCAACACGCAGAGAACCGGAAGCCAUGUCAACCUUCCCUGUAUAAAUAAUGGUUCUUUAUGUUAAAUGAAGAGACUGGGAAGUAAGGCACAACUGAGUUCAGUUGCUGCUGGUAGACGUUUGAAUGAAUCUGGAGCCGAAAGCUUGAGGUGUUUGUUACUGUGAGAGGAGGGGGAUCUAAGUUCAGCUCCACGGUUGAGUCACAGAAUGCGUUGUUUGAUUAUUCGCUGUAGUCCUGAUGUAGUAUUACUUCCAGUGCACUUAUCAGUGAAGUAUGCAUAUCAUCUUCUGUACUGGGCAGAUUACGGAGUUUUUCCCCACAAGAUAAGGAUUGGCUUUUCCGGUCCCUGUGGAGAGUUAGUAUGUCUGUGAUAAAGAGUGAAGUUAAUCAGUUACACUACAAUACAGAGCCACCCCUUACUCUGGAAAAGUGAGUGAAAUGUUUAAAAACGUAGGACGUUGGGAAGAUGAGGAAAAAUAUGGAGGAUUUGUGGUAUGUCGGUGAAUGUUGGGCUGAAUUCAUGAGAGAUAUGGUUAUUUUAUGUAUGGACAUUGCUGUUAAUAAUAAUAAACACAUGAUUAAUACAUUCUUCUCCACUGAGAUUUGAGGCAUUUAAAUGUUUAUGAAUAGGUGCUCUGUGAAAAUUGAAUCUUUCAAUCUGAAUGGAAUGAAAAUAGCUGAGUGGACUUUGAUGGGAGAUGUUCUUUAUAAAUAUGCUGUUUGAAUUUGCUGAUUUGUUCAUAAAUGGCUCUUGGCUGCUAGUUCACAGUGUUUGUUAAAAAAAAAAAAAAAUCUGGGAUUUAAAUUUUGUGGGCUGAAACCCUGUCAAUGGUAACCAUAUUUAAGGGUGGCUUUUUAAUUCAUUUUUAAAAAUCAAAUAUUGUGUGAAAGUUUACUUUGGUGAACUGCGUGGAUCUGUGUGUGUGCGUGCAUGUGUGAGAGAAAAGACAAAUGCUAAGGGUGAGAGCAAGAGAGUAAUGUGGAAUUUUACCAUAUUAAGCAACUCCUCUACCCAGACAAUAUUUUAAAUAAAUGUCCAAUAGAUAAAUCUUUGAAUUCCGUUCAGGACAUCAGGUAUGUCAUAGAUCAAUUUUCCAGUACAAAAUGUGAUGAUUAAAAAAAAGAAAAGUCAAUUGUGGCAAAAAGGAAAGCACUUUUGUUGUUUCUGUAUGUUUGUAUUCAUCAAAAUAAUUCUACUCCGUCGUGCCGACUGGAAUUUGGGUGAACCGGGUGCAGUGACUGGAAUUUAUAAGGAAGACUCGGUUUUGAGGAGACAUUUAUCAGACCUGCGUCAAGAUGGCAAACGUUUUAUUUUUUCCCGUUCGCCACGAACGUCAGCUAAACUUUUGAAAGUUGUGCGCAGCGAACAAAAACGGCUGCUGAGAGCUUGAACAAAAAUGGACAAUUAUUUGGCUGUUAUAAUACACUUUAGUCAAUGUAAUAUUUGAAAUCAAUCGCAGGUUACCAACGAAUCAGCUAGCUGGCAUUGUUAGACAUAAGUUACAUCCAUUUGUAUUAAAAAGCCGUUGGUGGCGAACUAUAUGGAAUGUUAAUUUUAAUCGUUCAACGGUAGCUGGCUAACUGUUUACUGCAAACAUAGUUCACCGUGAACGGAAGUCUGAUGGAACUGAACUGAAAAUAGAUUGAUCAUAAUUCCGACGAUGGCAUCAACGGUUUCCACCAAAUUACAGAAGGUGUUUUUAACUUUCUUUUCGAAUCUUUCUGGGACCAGUGUCACUGAUAUUACUGUCACCAAGACUCAAUAAAAUAAGUAACAUU